GCUCCAUCGUAUUAUAAACAGUUUUGAUUUUAGCGCUCAUAUGGAAAUGUUUACAACGUGAUCAAGAUAGGAUGUAAACUAGUUAUUCUUAAAUGAUGAAGAUUCUAAAACUCCUUCAAUAAUGGACACGACGAACGGGUACGACCCGACGCUGCCAAUGGAUCUGGAAGGAAGCGUCAAUCCAGAUCUUCUGACAGAAGUCACGUUUGGGUCACAUUUGGAGUAUCCUGAUGGAUCAGUGCCCAUGUUUGCCAAGACCAGUAAUGGAAGGAUGUCCCCAGUACGAGCCAGAACCAUGAAGGAAUAUGACCAGCAAAUUGCAGUCCUAAAGAAGGAGAACUUCAGUCUGAAGCUAAGAAUUUAUUUCCUGGAGGAGAGGAUGCAGCAGAAAUUUGGAGAUGGGGAGGAUGUGUUUAAGACUAAUAUCGAGCUGAAGGUCGAGUGCGAGAGCCUGAAGCGAGAACUGGCCGACAAACACAACUUGUUGAAGAAAGCCUCGAAUGCUAUGGAAAAUCUGUCAAGUAACCACCAAUCAGAGAUGGCAAAGAUACAGGCACAAGUAGAAAGAGAUUUCAAAGACUCUAACAAUGGGCUGGCAUAUCAACUUGACUCUGCUCAAAAGGCCCAUUUUGAAGCAGAAGAGGCUCUUCAGGACAGCAAGGACAAGAUACAGGAAUUACAGGGGCAACUUGACAAGAUGGCCACAGAGGUCAAAGAGGUGCAACAAAAGGGAGAUGACUAUGUGAAGGAUUUGAUGCAAGAGUUGAAGGAUAAAAACAAUGAAAUAGAGCAUCUGACUGCCACAAACCUGAAGAACCAGGACGACAUAGAUCUGCUCCAACAACAGAAGGACCAUGCUGAGGAUGAGCUCGAAAAACUGGAGAAGGAACUCGGCAGGAAGGGGCGAGAUCUAGAGCAACUGUCGUGCAUUGUGAGGGAUACUACCCUACUGGACAGUCAGUCCUUCCUUCUCAACAAUCAUCUCCAGGAUGCUGUUGAUGACCAGAAUGAAGCAGUAAAGAACAUGGAGGAAAAGGUCAAGGACGGUGAAUUAAAGAUAAAGGACAAGAAUGAAACAAUAGGGAAACUAGAGGACCUGCUGAAGUCUGUUGAAGCUAAUCGAAAGGAGAAGGAGAAAACUUUACAAGAUGCAGAAGACAAACUGCUUCAAGAGAGGACAAAGGCUGCUCUACGGGACAAAACUAUCAAAGGGCUCCACUCUGUUAUCACUACCAAAGCUAAGGAGAUGGAAGCUUUGGCGGAGAAGUUGAAGGUGCGUGACGAGGAGAUGAAGGCGAUGCAGGAGGAAUUCCAGGACACAGCAGUACAGCGACAGAAGGAGUUAGAUCGCCAACAUGAGGAGAACAACUUUCUGGAGCAGAAGGAGGCCAGCAUGAAGGUUCGUCUGGCAGAACAGGAAAAUGAACUGGAGAAGCUGAUGAGGUCACUAGGUCGUAAGGAGGGAGAACUGGAGGGUUUUAAGGACCUCCUCAGCAAGGCACAGAACGCACUCCAGCAGAGCGAGGAUGCUGUAGAGGUUCUCCAAGACCAACUGAAGAAGGAGCGAGUGCCCUCUCACCCCUCGUCUGCCCAUAGUAGCCCAGUCAAGCAUUACAAGGACUUGCUGGAUGAGUCCCAGAAGCGUGUUUCUGAGAAGGACAGCAUGAUUCACCAACUAAAUGAUACACUCCGGGACAAGGACAAACAACUGCGCACAUGUAUGGGCAUCUUUGACACCCCACAGGAUGCAGUUAGUGGUGAAAUGGUGGACAAACUGACCAGACAACUGAAGGAGAGUGACCGUGCACUGGCUAGGUUGCUGGAGGAACGUGCAUUGGUGAUUGCAGAGAAAGAGAAGAAGCUUGAGGAGUUAAGGGAAGUACUGAGUGAUAAGGAGGCAGACAUCGCUAGAGCUAACAAGAUGCUGCUUGCUGCUGAGGAUACCAUAGAUUGUUUGGAGAAGGCAAACAAGGAGAAAGCGAACAGUCUGCAGGUAGCAACAGACAUGAUGAGAGCUGCUGAACAGGCUUUACAGGAUGCCAAGCAGAGCUUUUCACAGGCCAUGGCUGAGAAGGACUCUAUAAUUAGUCGUCUUCAGGACUCAAUAGGGGACAAGGAGGCCCUGCUUAAGGAGACAAUGAAGCGAGCCCCGAUGACAACAGAUGAAGUGAUGGACUUGAAGAAAACGCUACAGAACAAGGAUCGCACAUUACAAGAUAUGAUUGACGAGAAGGACAAGACCCUGACAGCCAAUGCCGAGUGUGUUAACAGCCUGCUGAAGAAACUGCAGGCCAGGGAGGCGGAGCUAAGUCAGAUGAGUGACAAGCACAAGAAAGACAUUGCUAACAUGGAGCAAGAGACGCUGAAAAUGAGUGGAGACUUGAGGAAGGUGGAAAUGGAACUGAGGAGGAAACAGAAUGAGUUACAUUCUGCUGAUAACCAGGCUAGUCGGUCACACCAGCAAAGUCAGGAUGUUUUGGACAAAUUACGAGCAGUCAUCUCGGACAAGGACAAAACCAUCAGUACACUGCUGGACAGUGUCCAGGAGAAGGACAAAGUGAAUGGACAGCUCAGGCAUGACCUUCAGAGCAAGGAUGACCUGGUGGAUAAGCUUCAGACGCUGUUGCGCCAGUCUCAGACAGGCUCCAGUGCAGACCUAAGUGCCAAACUCCAGGAGCUACAGAUAGAGCUUGCUGUAAAAACCGAGGGGUUGAGGAAUGCCAGACGUAUGGAAGAGGACCUGCGAGAGCAGAUUCAGGAGCUGAAGCAGAAGUUAAACAGUGUGCCCCAAGGUGACCGGGAGUACCAUACCCUGGAGAAACAAAUAUACUACCUCAAGGACAAACUGGAGGGUCAGGGCUGGACACCAGGAGGCAGCAGUCCAGGGUCACCAGGGGGCAGCAGUGCAGGGUCAAAUGGUCAGCAGGUCCUACUGCAGGAGACAUUGCAAGCCCAACUUGAAGAACUUAGGAGGUUGAAUGCAGCAGUGCAAACAGAGCAACACCUUCUGGAGAGUAUCAGAGACAAGAGUCAGGGGAGUGACCACUCACAAGCAGUAGAUGAGGAGCUGACCGCUGUCCGCACCCUGAGGAGGGAGUUGGAGGAAGGGGUGCAGCACAACCAUCAGAUGAGGACCAUCCUGGAGGGACAGAUGAAGGGUAUAUCAACCAAAGAGUCUUCUCAAGAAAAUGUGGAUGACUUAAGGAAAACUCUGAACUUCCUGAAGCUUGAACUUGAGACAAGUAAGCUCAACAAUAGGUUACUUCAGUCCAAAAAUGACCUGCAACCGAGACAACGGGUAGACGGAGAGGGUAGAGCAGAAUCGUACCACCAAGGGGCACAAACUUCACCAGUGGCAGCUACAUGGAGUCCCGGUAAGAAUCGGAGUCCUUCACCUAUUGAUGUAAAUGUUCAGCUGAAUCGCCAGACCUUGUCUGACAUGUCUGCCCCAAUGUUGCGGAAAUUGAUCAGACAGUUACAACAACAACUGAGUCAGGAGGAGAAAGAGAAUGCAGAGCUACGCAGGAAACUUAGUGUUAUGGAAGAUGUACGCAACAUUCCAGGGAAGAAUGACGACGACGAGAACAGCAUACCGUACCUACGAUCAGAGAUUGAGAGACUGGAAAGGGAAGUGAUCAGAAAGGAGGAGAUGAUUGGUGAGUUACAGGUCAGAUUAGGCUCACAGGAGCGAGACAGCAGUGCAGGUGGUGUAACAGACCUUAAGAACGAAGUCAAGAAAUUAACACUUCAGUUAAAUCACACACAGGAAGUUAUUUCAAUGUUGAAACAACAGCUGAUAUUAAACGCUCAAAGUAAAGGAAGUGACUUUGAUCCCGAGCUCAUUGUACAGAUGGCUGGUGAAAUACAGAAACUGAAGUUAGAAUGUGACAAGGCAAGGCGUGGAGGAUCCACAUCAUCAGAUACAUCAGAAGUGUGUAGUUCAGUUAGUGCUCCAUCACUAAUUGGGGACGGCUCAUUGAAGGGCCGCUCUCUUAAGAAAAGCAGCCAGAUUCCUCGUCCAAGAAUCGGAAGCACACCUGUUGUAGGGGAUAUUUCUUCCAUAAACCAGCCUGAAACACUCAAAACACUGCUGAUGGAAUCCAAAAAACGCAUCACUGACCUGGAGGACAAGCUGAAGGCCACAGAGGGUACUGUACGAUAUCAGACGCAGAAGAUGAAGUAUUACAAAGGCCUCCUGGAGGAUAAUGGAUUAAUCCAACGCAGCCCAAUGUGUAGCAGAUCUAGUAGCGAAAGCAACCUAGCAGCACUAUUCAGUAAGAUUCCAGUACGCAAACGUACCGCUUCACAAGAACAUUUACCAUCCGUUGUUGGGUCUAUGGAUUCUGCCAUUGGAUCCGAUUAUGGGGGUGCUAUGGAUACAGUGUUUGAGAGGUUUGGUAAAACUGACGACAAGGAGACUCUGAAGGAUCAAGUGACACAAUUGAGGGAACUUCUCGUCCGACAGAGCAGAGACAUCAAAGCUUUGAGAGACAAAUCAGAGAAGGAAAAGCAGCAACGCCCAACAGACCGACUGGACCAGAAUGCCCAGACACUUCACAGCCUCGACGACACGUUAGUGUCGCGCCACACUUUACAGGACCUGUACCAACAGAUGGAGACACUGCAGAGGAAUCUACAAGAGACGCAGGACACUAACGCAGAACUUCAGCACAAACUUCUACAGCUUCAACACCACAACGCAGAUACCUUACAACUACAGCUCAAAGACAGUCAGGCACAGACUGCGGUCCUAGAGGAAAAGAUUGCAGCCUUCCAAAACUCGUCUGUUCACGAAAUAUUAGAGGCCCAAAAAUCUGAGCUUGUCAUGUUGAGGAAAAAAUUCUCAGAUACCCAGAACUCUUGUACCCAGCUGAACUACUGGCUUGAAGAAGUUAGCACGUUUCUCACUGAACUUGUGUAUGUAGACGAGGACGGCGAUCGCAAUCAGGUCCGUGGAAUGAAACACAAGGUGGAUAUGUCGAAGACCAUCGUCCGUAAUAUGUCUACCUGUAUACUGGAUUCCUUUGACGCAAGUUAUGAUGUCACCUCUGAUCAACCGCAGACAGACGAGAGUAAAGGAUUGGUAGCUGAAAAUGAGGCUCUGCGUAGGAGCGAGACAAAUCUAACAGAAGGUCUACGACAAAAGAACUUGGAGGUCGAAAAACUGACCAAUGAACUACGCAAGAAGAACAUGCUUGUUGACCAGUUACACCAGGAAUUGCUUCACUUCCAUCAGAUGAACAGGAAGUCGGAGUCGCCGAAAUCCUCAUCUACAGUCAGUAGUGCUGACGGAAAUGUCACUCCCAGCGGGAAAAUGUCCAAAGGAACACAUGAACUUUCCAACAGAUCUCCAAGUAAUUCACAAAUCUCGGAACAAGUUAGUCAGGUGAGCAGUCUCAGGUCACCGGAGCGCAUGCGUCACAUGACUGGUAGCAGUUUUACAGAUGGCAGCCAUCUUAGAUUAGACAAGACACAGGAAGGUGUUGUGAUUGUUGAGGACGUAGCUGAUUCCAGUCAGGGAUCAACAGGCUACCAUUCUUCUCAUUUGUCUGGAGAUGAUUUCAUGCAAGGCCCAGGUCACUUACACAGCACAACUGAGUCGGACAAGGAAAAUUCCUCUAUUUAUAUUAGUGCAUUUGACACAGAUGAAAAACUUAUGUACAACAGACGUUUAGCAGACGGACAGAUGUUUGACAAUACGCUGACCCCACCUGUGUUCAAGUUGAAUGGAGAUACUUCUCUACCUACAAAGAUUGCAAAAGCAACUGAUGGUCGUCAUGUUGAGUUUAGUAUUUUAGAUAAAUCUGAGAGAGAAGAGGGCGAGGUAGAAUCAUUGCGGGCUCGACUGAGCGCUGUGGAAGAUCUGAACAAAACUCUAAAAGAUGAACUUAAUGUGUAUGAAAAUCUGUGCACUUCCAUUGGAGUUCAGAAUUCACCCACUAAAAUGUCGCCAUGCUCAAAGAGUAAACAGGAAACUGACACAGACCUGCUGCGUCAACAUCUGUCAGAACUCCGGGCAUUACGGAUAAAGCUAGAGCAUUCUGUCACGGACAGUGACCGACUAAGACAUCAGCUGGAACUGGACAUGGAUGGGCACAAGAUAACAACAGAUUCCACACAAAACGUGUACAUGUACAGUAAGCAACAGACGACAAUCACCGAACUACAGCAGACAAUCCGUCUGCUACAACAGCAACUGAAGGAGAACCAGUCAACAGUUCGUGACAAGAUCAUCACCAUCCAGGAGAGGGAGUGGACCAUACAAAAAUUACAGCAGGAACUGUCUGAUACAAAACAGCAACACACUCGCAGUCCCAACAUCAAAACACAGACGCCAGAAAAGGAUGUCUCUAUCCGUGAGUGGCACGAGAAUGUCCGCAGCCAGGAGCAGACAUGUGUGUUACAGCAGAGGCGGAUAGAACAGCAGGACAAUCUACUGGAGCAGCUACGCAAAAAGUUACAGCUACAGGAGCACAGUCUCCAUCAACAGGAGACCAAACUGAAGGAGAUGUACGAGUCUGCAGGGCAGCAGAAGGACCAAGACAUGCAUGACAAAGACAACAUGAUUCUACGGCGGGGUAAGCAAAUCGCUCAACUGGAACAGUCCACCGAACGCCUUGAAAAGAAAAUCUCUCAAUUGGAAGAUUGCAUUAAAAAACAAGAAGAACAGGUCAAACAAAAGGAAAGUUGCAUAAAAACUAUGAAAGGAGAAUUGCAAAAACAGGAAGAUACCAUUCAACACCAGGGAGAUGUUGUGAAACAGAGAGAGAAAGUCAUCAGGAAACUCAAGGAUGAAGUGCAUAAAAAGGUUGACAUCAUCAAGCAGCAAGGGGAGACAAUAACUGAUAAGGAGACAGCAAUGAAGUCGCUGAGCCGUGUCGUACAUGAACAGGCGGACCACAUGCGAAACAAGGACAACACUCUUCUGAAAUAUGACAAGGAAGUAAGAUCCCUUAAUGAGAAGGUGAAGCAGCUGGAUCAGCUGAAGGCAGAGAAGGAUGAGGCUAACAAUCGCCUGGUACAGAGGAAUGAGAUCCUAGACCAAGAUAACUGUAAGCUAGUGGCACGCAACGAAGAACUUGACUCUCAACUCAAACACAGCAGCAAGGAAGUUGACAGGCUGAAGCAGGAGAUGGAAACCAUGCUGGAGAAAGCACAAGAGAACCAAGACUUAAAUAAGACUCUCAAACUGGAACUCAGUGUGUAUGAGAAACUACAGUCUGAAGACAGCAGCAGUAAACCCCUGGGAGGCUUCGACAUCCGCGAACUCCUGACGGAAAUCCGACACCUCCGUGUCCAGCUGGAGAGAUGUAUUGACACCAACAAUGCCCUCCGACAGAAACUGGAAGAACACCUUCUACACCAAGCCAGUCCUCAACAAGUCACCACUACAACCACCAAUUACUUCACUGUCAAAGAUGGCAGUCCCACUCGCUCUAACGGAACUGAUGUCCCAGAUGGUCAGCCCAAUCCAGAGAGGCCAUAUGUAAAUGGAGCACUGACCAUCAGACGUGUCCAGAGUCAUCAAGUCCCUAUGGGGUCAAGGUCAGCCAGUGGAUCGUUUGCUUCCAACAGUAGCGACACCAUGUCAGUCUCCUGCCCCAGUGAUACACCCUCUUUGUCUGGCUUCGGUAUAUCAACAUGGCCUCCUAUGUCGUCUGAAAAUGUCAUGUUCAGCCAGCAGAGGGAGCUGUGUGUGUCGCAGUCCUCACCAGGGGGCACUCUGCACCAGUCGCUGGUCGACCUGGCAAAAUUGGGAUACAACUCACGGCCCGUGAUGUCUGAAGGGAAUUUAUCAUAUUAUGUUGACGAUCCCCCUAGCUCUGUCGCAGAUUUGACAGGAAUAAAGAUUGACUCUGAUCUAAGGUGCUUAUUUGCUGUUGGAAAACUGGAUGAUUAUGAAAAAUUGAAGAAGGAAAAUUGUGAAUCCUUGACUGUAUUGAAGGGCAUUGAGGCCCGAAUCAAGGAGAGGCUGCGAGUGUUUAAAACCAUGCGGACCUCUGAGCUCAUUAAGAGUGUAGAGUACAGUACCUUGAAGGAACUCUCCCUCAGCUCCGAAAACCUUCGUAUCUGUCUGGAUGAAGAGAAAUCUCUCAUUGGCUGUUUCUGGACAACCCAGCUCCCUAAGGGUGGUAGUGAUGCCAAAGUCACGGCGGAGAACAAACUCCUACGCGCUGAACUGUUUACGAUCCAGUCCAAGUAUGAGCUGAUGGUGAAGAUGGUACAGGAUGCUGAGACUCGGCUCCAUACCAGUAACAAACAGAAACAGAGUAUGGAGGAGAUAAUACAUCGUCAGUUGAAAAAGACAACGAAAGUGGUAGCCAAGGCGAGGACAAACUUUGAGAAAGAUGUUCCCAGCAACAGUUCAGGACAGCUUGUUUCUAUCACCAGAGGCCAACCUUUACGGGAUGUGGAUACGGACAGUGAGAUUAGCUACAGCUGAUAACAAUCGGCCGGAGUAGUGACCAUUGCGUGUGUGUUUGACUGUUACAUUUGGUUCAUUAGACUGAAUAGCCCAGAGACAGUGAUGAUAAGAAAUGCUACGACAAAGAGUGUGAACUAUGUCCUAAAUAUGUAAUACAACUCAAGUUUUAGGUCAGUUUGUUGAAUGAAGAGGAACUCGAUGUGGCUUGUCGUCCACGUUAAUAUAAGGGGGUCACUGUUGGAGAGCCGUUGUUGAUGAAACCUCAAAGUCAUCAUAUUGUUGUCACGUUUUGUUAACAAUGUUGCCUAUGUUGACUGCUGUUGUUUGUUAGUCAACUUAACAUACAGACCAUGUAUCUGUCCGGUACAAACAUGGCCUCAUCCCGUCACUGUUACAGGUAAUUGUAUGGGCCAGGUACACACAUCCCGUCACUGUCACAGGUAAUUGUAUGGGCCAGGUACACACAUCCCGUCACUGUUACAGGUAAUUGUAUGGGCCAGGUACACACAUCUCGUCAAUCAUAACUUUUCUUCUUUAGUGUGAAUGAUCAGUAUGUAUGUAUCAGGUGUAUGUAUAAUUGUGUGCACGGGUAUUAAUUUAAUAUUACCCUUGGUAGAGAUCAGGAAAUUCAAACCCUCUGGAAGAAAAAUUAUAGAAACCUGAGUUUUCCUCAUUAUUUCAUGCCUCCCGUUUGAAUCACCUUUUCUAUACCCCAUUUGCAGGGGUAGAUCCUCCUAUUUCUUGCCUACCUUCAUGAUAAAAAAAAACCCAAUUAAUUCUAUAAAAGCACUACAAAAACUGGUGCCAGUCAGAGUACAGACAUUAUUUUUCUUCUUAAUUUUAACAUUACAGUCAUUGCACUAUUGACUUGUGACAUCACAGCAGUGAUUUAGACCAGUGAAUUUCAGAUAGAAUUUUCAGCACCAUUGGACUUGGGAUAUCUUGGUUGAAUGUGCAAUUCUCUCUACAGGUGCCAGUGGCAGGUUGAGCCCACUGUUACACGUGUAGAUUGAC